CUUAAGCAGCCUUAUCCAUCCAGAGCCGAAAGUACACUGAACUCGAAUGAUGCCCGCCCUAGCCCACCACCUUACCUUGUCUACACUGCUUCUUGGCUUGCAGUUACCUGAAAAUGGGCAUUGUAAGUCGAGUAGGUUACUUCCAGAAACUGGGUCUUUCAGAACUCUGAACAAGAAGAAACCGAGAAGAAGCAUGGCUUUGAUGAGUAGUUGUAAAGAUGGUGAUGGACAAGUGAGUCUUAAAGUGGGUGAAGGUGAACGGCUUUAUCUUGGAAUGGACUUUGGUACUUCUGGUGCGAGGUUUGCUCUCAUUGAUCAGCAUGGGACUAUUUUUUCUGAAGGAAAGAGAGAGUAUCCAAAAUAUACGAUAAGUUUUAAGAAUGAAGAAACAAUCGAUUGGGUUCGCUCUUGGAAGACAACACUUUUCUCUUUGCUUGGAGAUGUUCCUGUCGAUCUCCGUCCGUUUAUAUCUUCCAUUUCCAUUGACGGCACUUCUGCAACUACCAUCAUUCUGGACAGCAACACUGGAGAAGUUUUAUGGAGACCUUUCCUCUACAAUGAGAGUUGUCCUGAUGCGUUACCAUUUGUUAAGGCUGUUGCUCCUGCAAACCAUACGGUCUGCUCAGGCACCUCGACCCUCUGCAAGCUUGUCUUCUGGUGGAACAAUGAGGGUGCAUAUGAAAAAUCGGCAGUGUUGUUACAUCAAGCAGAUUGGUUGUUGUGGUUUCUUCAUGGAAAGCUUGGAGUGUCUGAUUACAAUAAUGCUCUGAAGGUUGGUUACGAUCCUGAACUUGAGUCCUAUCCUCCUUGGUUGCUCUCUCAGCCUUACUCACAACUCUUACCUUCGGUCAAAGCUCCUGGAACUGUUAUUGGCUUGUUAAAAGAUGACAUCAGAACAGAAUUUGGUUUCUCAAAUGAUUGUGCUGUAUGCACUGGAACCACUGAUAGCAUAGCCGCCUUUCUUGCAGCAAGAGCAACGGAGCCUGGGAAAGCUGUCACCUCUCUGGGUUCAACUUUGGCCAUUAAAUUGCUGAGCACCAGUCGGAUCGAGGAUGCACGAUUUGGGGUGUAUAGUCAUCGCCUGGAUGACAAGUGGCUUGUCGGAGGUGCUUCAAAUACCGGUGGGGCAGUUCUUAGACAAAUCUUCAAUGAUGAGCAGUUGCAGAAAUUAAGCGAACACAUUAAUCCCAUGGAAGCCUCCCCGCUUGACUACUAUCCUCUGCAAGCAGCCGGUGAGAGAUUCCCAGUGGCCGAUCCAAAAAUGCUUCCCCGGUUAAGUCCUCGCCCACAGAGCGAUGUUGAAUACUUGCAUGGCAUUUUGGAGUCGAUGGCACGUAUAGAGGCAAGGGCUUACAGCUUAUUAAAAGAGCUUGGCGCAACACAAGUGGAGGAAGUGUUUACCGCGGGCGGUGGUGCGAAGAAUGAGAAAUGGACGAAGAUACGUGAGAGAGUCCUUGGCUUGCCGGUGAGGCGGGCAGCUCAAACAGAAGCUGCAUACGGAGCUGCCCUACUGGCAUUGAAGGGAAAGCAAUCAGUAGCGCCUUGAGCAGAUGAAGUCAAAUAUUAUUGUCGGAAGUAAAAGAUCGGAUAUAGAUAUGGAAGCGGCGCAUUUAAUGGGUGUAUACUCAUGAUUUUAUCUACUGCCGAUUAAGUAAAACUUUGCGGUUACGGCAAAAUUGAAUCAAUUUUGCCUCGUGCUUUGUGAUCUUAGGGCGACACGCCCUGUCUAAUGAUUAACAAUUCUUUUUAUACUAAAUGGUUUGGUCCUA